CCGCCUCCUGACGUCACCAGGGACCGCCCCCUCAGCCCUUGUCACGUGACGCCAAGGGGCUCCACGUGCUCCGCUUUUCUGUGUUCGGCUCAAAGGGAAGAAUCCUUCCUGACCCUCCGCCGUUGUCUCCAAGGCGAAGACGUUGGUGCCUAAGAAUCUGCAGCUUGCAAGACUCAGCCGCCAGCUGCUUAGGGUCAGACCCAGCUGGGAGGCACUUGCGAUGCCAAAACGAGGGAAGAAGAAAGAAGAGGAUGGAGUCCCACCAGAGAAGGCAGUGGCAGAACCAGAACCUAAGAAGGCCAAGAAAGGUGGAGCUAAAGCUGAGAAGGAGGCUGAUGGCCCCAUCAUGUAUCAGGACCCUCCAGAUAAACUCACCUCUCCCGGUGGCAAGAAAUACACAUUGAAGGUCACAUCCUGGAAUGUCGAUGGGAUCCGAGCCUGGGUCAAGAAGAAGGGAGUGGAGUGGGUAUGCGAGGAGAGCCCAGACGUCCUCUGCCUACAGGAGACCAAGUGUGCGGAGAAACAGCUGCCUGCUGAAAUCCGGGAUCUGGCUGAAUAUCCCCACAAGUACUGGGCCUGCUCUGAUGACAAGGAAGGCUACAGUGGGGUGGCCCUAAUCUCCAAAAUCAAGCCUCUUGAUGUCAAGUAUGGUAUCGGUGAAGAGGAGCAUGACAAGGAAGGUCGUGUGAUCACAGCUGAGUUCCCUUCCUACUUCUUGGUGACGGCGUACGUGCCCAAUGCUGGGCGGGGCCUAGUGCGCCUGGAGUACCGCCAGCGUUGGGAUGUGGCCUUCCGCUCCUACUUGCAAGGCCUGGCUUCCCGCAAGCCCCUGAUCUUGUGUGGGGAUCUCAAUGUGGCCCAUGAAGAAAUUGACCUAAAGAACCCCAAGGGCAACAAGAAGAAUGCCGGCUUUACUCCCGAGGAGCGGGCUGGCUUCACCAAGCUGCUGGAAGCAGGUUUCACUGACACGUUCCGUCACUUCUACCCUGACACGGCUUACGCCUACACCUUCUGGACAUACAUGAUGAACGCCCGGGCCAAGAACGUGGGUUGGCGGCUCGACUACUUCCUAGUCUCCAAAGACCUGCUGGAGGGUGUCUGUGAUAGUAAGAUCCGUUCUACUGCCCUGGGGAGUGACCACUGUCCCAUCACCCUGUAUCUGGCCAUAUGAAUCAGCAAUGGAGGGGGACAGAGGGUGGUUAUGACACUGCUAGUGUAACUAGAGCUCAAGGGUGAAGGAGAUAACUGUAGAAAACUGGUGUGUGUAAGAUAAUGUGGUUUGCUAUAUCCACACCUGUAUAGUAGAGGUUUGAAUUUCUGUUCUCUUUUUCUCCCUGGCUGAGGUAACUCGAGAGAGAGUGCCAAUAAGGUUACCUACUCCUGAGCUGGGAGGUGAGCCCCCUCUCGUACCUUUUCAGGGCCAUCACAAUUAUACACAGUAGCAGCCUCUUGCCAUGGAUGUGUGCCCAGUUUCCUUUCCCCUUCAUUAAAUGUAACAAGCAGGACUAGAUGGGACAGGGGUAGGAUUCUAUGUGCAAACAGAAUGAGAUAGAAGCUGUAUUGUCUCUGCCUCACAUUGUUAAAAGGCUGAACAGAUUAUGGCUCUGGUUCAUCAGCUGGCAACUCUGCCUGAUGAUCUCCAAAAGAGACUUAAGUGGCUAAUGGACAAGAAUUGAUGCUCUCUGUCUUUCAGCUUGCGAUACUCCACCUAACCUAGUACUGUUCUUAAACUCCCUUGGUUUCCCAUCUUCCUCACCUUAUUUUUCUAUUGAGUAGCCUUUUCUCUUUCAAAAUCCUCCUGCUUUUAGAAGGCUGUGGUGCUUCAAGGUAACAGCAUAAUGUCUCAGAAAAAGAGCAUUAAACUUCCUUUUUAUAAGAUAUAAAUGAAA